AACCACCUGCUCCCGCGCGCUGCCGCCAAGGAAACCGGGCGGGAGGGAGGAGCGGGAGGAGGAGACAGGCGGCUUACACACGCCCUCCUCCCUCCACUCAGAGCAGCCCGAGCCUGCGGCCGCCGCCACUGCUCCAGCUGCCGCCGCUCCAGCCUGUGCCCGGGCUGCCACCUGAGGAGACCCACCGUCCGGACCCGCGGCGCUGUCCACCCCCGCCGACAGCGUUCCAGGUCCCCCGCGAGCCGAGCACGGCGCAACUCUCCUUGCUCUUCUUAUCCUCUCCUUUUGCAAGAAGAGAAACUAAUAGAAGGUAGCAAGCAGCCAAAAGGAAAAAAAAAAAAAAAAAAGAACCGCGUCUACCUUGGCUGACUAUUUACUGAAGCGUCUCCUGGAAGAAGAGGGUCGCCCGUCCUGGGAGUAGCAGCCAAAGACACAGAGGGCGGGUGUGGAGGGCGAGGGAGGACUUGCGGGUUCCUCGUGUAGGAAAGUUGCGUGUGGCACAGACCCGACGGCACAGCGCCACAGCCCCCGGGGACCGUGUGUCUGGGAAAAAGCCUCUGCGCCCCCCAACCCGAGUCGGGACCCACGAGCGGGCGGGCCCGGUGGGCCCGGGGACGACGCCCCCUCCUGCGGCGUGGACUUUGUCGGUGGCCCCCGAGGAGGAGGAAUAUGGCACCUGAGGUCUCCCCUUCUUGCCGUCUCGUUUUCUGCCUCCUGAUCUCCGCCGCGGUCCUCAGACCAGGCUUUGGAUGGCACACUGUCAACUCAGCAUACGGGGAUGCCGUUGUCAUGCCCUGCCGCCUCGAUGUGCCUCAGAACCUCAUGUUUGGCAAAUGGAAAUAUGAAAAGCCCGAUGGGUCCCCGGUAUUUAUUGCGUUCAGAUCUUCUACGAAGAAAAGUGUUCAGUAUGAUGAUGUCCCAGAGUACAAGGACAGAUUGAGCCUCUCGGAAAACUACACUUUGUCUAUCAACAAUGCGAAGAUCAGUGAUGAAAAAAGAUUUGUGUGCAUGCUAGUGACGGAGGACAACGUGUUUGAGGCACCUACACUAGUCAAGGUGUUCAAGCAACCAUCUAAACCUGAAAUUGUAAACAAAGCACCAUUUCUCGAAACAGAGCAACUAAAAAAGUUAGGUGACUGCAUUUCAAGAGACGGUUACCCAGAUGGCAACAUCACAUGGUACAGGAAUGGAAAAGUGCUACAACCGCUGGAAGGAGAGGUGGACAUAUUUUUUAAAAAGGAAAUUGAUCCAGUUACUCAGUUGUACACCAUGACUUCAUCCUUGGAGUAUAAGACAACUAAGGCUGACAUACAAAUGCCGUUCACCUGUUCUGUGACAUAUUAUGGACCCUCAGGCCAGAAAACAAUUCAUUCAGAACAAGCAGUCUUUGAUAUUUACUAUCCCACAGAGCAGGUGACAAUACAAGUGCUGCCACCAAAAAACGCCAUCAAAGAAGGAGACAACAUCACUCUUCAGUGCUUGGGGAAUGGCAACCCGCCUCCCGAGGAGUUCAUGUUUUACUUACCAGGGCAGCCUGAAGGAAUAAGAAGCUCAAGCACUUAUACGCUGACAGACGUGAGGCGAAAUGCCACAGGAGAAUACAAAUGCUCGCUGAUCGACACAAGAAGUAUGAUGGCUUCAACAGCCAUCACAGUUCACUAUUUGGAUUUAUCCUUAAACCCAAGCGGGGAAGUGACCAAACAGAUCGGUGAUACCCUGCCUGUGUCCUGCACAAUAUCUGCUAGUAGGAAUGCCACCGUGGUGUGGAUGAAAGAUAACAUCAGACUCCGAUCAAGCCCAUCAUUUUCUAGUCUUCAUUAUCAGGAUGCUGGGAACUAUGUCUGUGAAACUGCUCUUCAGGAGGUUGAAGGACUAAAGAAAAGGGAGUCACUGACACUCAUUGUAGAAGGGAAACCUCAGAUUAAGAUGACAAAGAAAACUGACCCCAGUGGACUCUCUAAAACCAUAAUCUGCCAUGUGGAAGGGUUUCCAAAGCCAGCUAUACAGUGGACCAUUACCGGCAGUGGAAGCGUCAUAAACCAAACAGAGGAGUCUCCUUAUAUCAAUGGCAGGUAUUAUAGUAAAAUUAUCAUUUCCCCUGAGGAGAAUGUUACCUUAACUUGCACAGCAGAAAACCAACUGGAGAGAACAGUAAACUCCCUGAAUGUCUCUGCGAUAAGUAUUCCAGAACACGAUGAGGCAGACGAUAUAAGUGAUGAGAACAGAGAAAAGGUGAAUGACCAGGCAAAGCUAAUCGUGGGAAUUGUAGUUGGUCUCCUCCUCGCUGCUCUCGUUGCUGGUGUCGUCUAUUGGCUGUACAUGAAGAAAUCAAAAACUGCAUCAAAACAUGUAAACAAGGACCUUGGUAACAUGGAGGAGAACAAAAAGCUGGAAGAAAAUAAUCACAAAACAGAAGCCUAAAAGAGGAGUGGUUUCCAGGUGUCCAGAGAGAAAAAAACCAUAUAGACAAAUUGAAGCAUGAACGUGGAUUGUAUUUAAGACAUAUACAAAGACAAUGACAGCAAUUCAUGGUUCAAGUAUUAAACAGUUCAUUCUACCAAGCUGUCACAGGAUCUUAGAGUAUUAUCUCAAGUAAAACAAAUGAAAUAAAGUUAUAAAGUAACAACAAGAUUUGGCAGCCAUGAUAAUAGGUCAUUUGUUGUAUUUGGUUUGACUUUUUUUCUGUAAAUGUCUGCACUAAGGGUUUCCUUUCAGUUUGCCUUUUAUGUAAAUUUUUUACGUAGCUAUUUUUAUACACUGUAAGCUUUGUUCUGGGAGUGGCUGUUAAUUCGAUGUCUAAUGUAAUGUUUCAUUUCAGUUGUUUAUAUGGAUAGUCUGAGCAAGUACAGUUCAGAUUCUGAUUGCUAUCAAUAAUACCCCAAACUUUCUUAUGAGGAUGCGAAACCCAAAGGUGGCAGUUGUGAGAUUAGACACACAUAUCUUGCCCAAUCAGAAGCUGCUUUUUUUAUCUUGAGAGUUAGGAGCACCAUAGGGUGUGAUGACACCAGCAGGCUCUCAGAGGCAAGAGUCAGACACAUACAGCAACCCCACAUGAGAAUGGUACUAACUGACAAUUUUGUCUUCUCUGAAAAAGACAUACACGGACUUUGAAUCACAUGUACUUAACAGCACAUGAUAGUAAACUACAUUCUGUCAAAAGAAAAUUUAGGGAAAAAAUGAGAAUAAAAAAAUGAAUUGUCAGAGAAAGUUGGAAAAAUUCACACCUAGCGUUCCCAUUUCCACAGAUCACAAUGUAAAUCACUGUAAUUAAAAUUGGUGUUAAAUCCUUUGGGUUAUCCACUGCCUUAAAAUGACACUUAUUUCCUUUAAAAAAUAAAAUAAAACAAGAGAUAUCAGUCAGAAUUUCAGAUUUUUAACAGUGGUCAUUAUUAAAGCUGUGUUAUUUUCCACAGAAUAUAGAAUAUAUAUUUUUUUCGUGUGUGUUUUUGUUAACUACGCUACAGAUAUUGAAUGCACCUUGAGAUAAUUUAGUGUUUUUAACUGGUACAUAAUUUAUCAAGCAGUACAUGAAAGUGUAAUAAUAAAAUGUCUGUAUCUUUAGUUACACUCAGAUUUGUAACUUUAUAAACAUGUUUUCUGCCUGAGGUACUUUUUAAGGAGGUAGUAUACAUGGGAACUUUUUGAAGUAGACUGGAUAAGGGUCAGUAGCAAUUUGCAGCUAGACUUUAAACUUUGCUCUUUCAGGUAGAAGCUUGGUUUCUGGGAUCACACUGAACCAUUUUGUCCCAGAUUUACAUGUAUAACUUUAACCGAGAAAAGAAAAAAAAAAAAAAGACCAUUAAUUCCCAGGCAUAAAACUAUGUUCUUUGAGAGGAAAAGGAAAUGUGAUUGUUUCCUUUUAGACUCAAACAAUAAAACUGUUUUGAAGGCAAUGAGAAACUAAUCAAAGCUUAAUCACUGAUGGAGGUUGGGGAUAAUAUUUUGCCACUUCCACAUACUGAGAGACGUGUCAUUGUACGCUUGUAACCAUUUGAUCUGAGCAAUAGUGUCUCAGUUUAAUAAAAGCUUCCUAUAGUACAUUGUUAAUACCUAAAAUGUUCUACUAGGCUCCAUGCUGUACAAAAUAUGGGGGAAAAAAGAAAACAUGUUAUUUUGCCUCUAAACUUUGAUUUAUUGAAGUUUUAUUUGGCAAGAAGAAAAAUUGAAUCUUGAUCAAUAUUUAAACCAAAGGGAAAAGGGAAAAACAAAACAAAACCAAAGUUCUUUGUUUUGCAUGGCUAAGCCAUUCAGUUUAUCUCUGUAAAUAAUAUGAUUUCUUUUUGUUUUCCUUUUCCUUUCUCUUUAGAAUUUUGUUAAAGAAAUUCUAAAAUUUUUAAAUACCUGCUUUCCACAAUAAGCCAUGAACACUACAGUGAGAUUAGUUCCAUAGGAAUAUUUUUUUGUUUUUUGUUUUUGUUUUUGUUUUGGUGUGGGAGAUCAAAGGUUUAAAGUCUUACUCCUAAGAUUCGUUUGCAGAAACAAUUAACAGGGCAACAAAAGGAGAGGGUUUACUCCUAGUCUGGCACAGUGGUCACUUGCAAUGGUAACUGAGUCCGCAAACAGCUGUUGGAACCUAGGCAGCAGCCCAAGCGGCCCGGAUCUCUCAAUCAGGAGCAGAUGUUUACAAGAGAAGAGAGGACAGGAUUGCUACUACCGCGUCAGUGUCUGUGUAAGGAGGAGGCUCGCUCGCUGAGAGCAACUCCAUGAACUUCACUGAGAGGAGACUAAUUCCGAGUUUCCACCUCUGGAGUCUCUUCUCUCCAGCAGCGGCAACAAGAUACAGGUUUUUAACCAGUUCACGGUCCGCCCCCUAUAUGUAAUUAUAGGAAUUGUAUGUGGAAAUGGAUUAACAUACCCCUCUAUGCCUACAAGAAAAUAAAAAUGAAAUAUGUCUUCACAUA